UCGGAGCGGCACGCGUCAGGCGCACGCACUGGAACAACAGAGCGCCGAGAAUGGAGCCCGGGGAGAGGGGCGGGGCCAGCGCGCACGUCCAGCUUGUGCCCAUUGAAAAGGCGGCGGCGUCCGGGCGACCCCAGCACUGAGCGCUGAUCCAGGGAACGUGCGGCACGGAGCUGCCCGACACACACGCGAGUGACACGAGUCUCCCCCGCUGCCCGGACACUCACUGCCAGCCACAUGGAUGCCACUGCCAAGGCAGAGAGCGGCUCUAGCCAGCCCUUCCUGCAGCCAGCCUGCUACUAUGCCCAGAGCUUGCCGCUCAGCCCGGGAGACAUAGGGCAACCCAACUCCAAGUCACUGCCAAAGCAGGUGAAGAGACAACGCUCGUCCUCCCCGGAGCUUAUGAGGUGUAAGAGGAGGCUGAACUUCACCGGCUUUGGCUACAGCCUGCCCCAACAGCAGCCAGCCGCCGUAGCCCGGAGGAACGAGCGGGAGAGGAAUAGAGUCAAGCUGGUCAACCUGGGCUUUGCCACCCUACGGGAGCAUGUGCCCAACGGCGCUGCCAACAAGAAGAUGAGCAAAGUGGAGACCCUGCGCUCGGCGGUGGAGUACAUCCGGGCGCUGCAGCAGCUGCUGGACGAACAUGACGCUGUCAGCGCUGCCUUUCAGUCCGGGGUGCUGUCACCCACCAUCUCACCCAACUAUGGGCAUGACAUGAACUCUAUGGCAGGGUCUCCUGUCUCUUCUUACUCCUCCGAUGAAGGGUCCUAUGAUCCAUUGAGUCCAGAGGAACAAGACCUGCUAGACUUCACUACCUGGUUCUGAGCUUUAAGGAGCAGGACUGUUGCUCAGAUCACAAGUUAAGCUUUCUGCUCAGAAAGAGAAAGUGAAGCACAUGGGAGCUUACCAGCCCUUCCAAGAACACUGAAGCACUACAUUGCACUCCAGCCGGGUCUACAGGAUGAACAGGGACUCAGACCCGCGGUGGGACAUGGAUGGUGGAGCCUACACCAUCCUAACUCACACAACCAAGAGACUUUCUGGCCUGAAUGAUCCUAAGAACAAGCCAGGGGCUUCCCCAAAAAUCAAAACUUUAAGCCCUUUAAGAGACAAACCAAGUCCUAAGUUCAAGGAUGAUCUUAGUUCCAGGAUCUUGAAUUGUGGAGUUUAUUGCAUACAACCUAUGCUGAUCUUCAAAGAACCUUUUGAGAACCUUCUACUACUAUUUUUAUACCACUUUCACCUGAAAUGCUUCCAAUCUUUUUGUGAUUUUUUUUUUAAUUAUAAAAAUCUAUUUCUAUGUAUCCCAGAUGUUUGGGGUUGUAUUAAGCUAUUUUUGUAUAUAAGAGAGAGAUUUAUAGAAGUUUUGUACAAAUGUUAUACAAAUGUGUAUAUCUUGAAACAUUAUUAUGUAUUGCUUAUUACCUCUGCAUAUUUAGACUUGUAGUCUAUAUAUUUCAGUGAUAGUCACCCUGUGGAGCCCUGGCCGCUGGUGAACUACAUCACCACCACACGGAGUAUGUAGUUCAGCAUACGCUGGGGGUGCCAAGGCUGCCCGUCCCUGCUAUUAUUACCUUGCAACCGCCAUUUUGUAUGUGGUUUUGUGAAAGGACACUCCUUUAAGGUGGGGUUGGAAUUCCUCCAGAUGUACUUUAGCACCGAUGUGUCUUACUUUAUAGAAACUUUUGAUAAUGUAUUAAUUGUAUUAUUAAACAAUGUUCACAGUGAACAAAGUUUAUGCAGCUAUUGUCCAAACAAGCAAAAUAGUGGUCCAUUGUUUCGAUGCUGCCUUUUGGAACCUUACACCACUGCCUUUUCUUACUGUUUUAUUAUAAACUUACAAAGGUCCUGCAUAACAAAUGUGUUUUUUUACACAAUAGUUUCAUAAUAAAAUAUUUUAUAC